AUGAAUGAUGAAUUAUAUAAUGAACCGAUCCCUACAGAAUUAAUAAUUUCGAAUCAUGGACAAGAAUUUAUACCAAAUUCACCAAAUUAUAAUAAUCAACAAGGGACAACACGUGAAUUAGGAAACAACUCAACAGAUAAUGAAAUUAUUCAAAAAAUCAGACAAGAAAAUUUAUCAUCAAAAUUUAAUAUUGAUGAAAAUAUUAUAGAUCAAAUGAAACAAGAUAUUCUACAAGACAUUAAACAAGAAUUAAAACAAAAUAUUAGAUCAAAAGUGAUGACAUCAUUAUAUAAGGAUAAUAAUGAUGAAGAUAGUGGUAGUAAUAUAAAUGAUAAAUAA